UCAGAACGCAGCCAGCUUUUCCAUAAUUCGCAAAGAAAAAGAAAAAAGCGCCGGAUUAAAUACCUCUCGGAAAAGUCUCCAGUUUUCUUUGUAAUUUUAGCGUAAAAUCUCUUUCAUCUGACCAGAUUCCAUCCAAAAAGGUAAUCUUAAUCCAGAAGUUGUAGUUCUUUGCGAUUAACAAGCGGCGUGUCUGCUUGCACUAAUACCAAAGAACUAUUAGAAAAGGAGACACGAAGUAUUUUAAUUUCUUGUCCUGUUUGCAACCUGUGUAGUUUGGCGGGUGAUCGCUUUUUAAUCGAUACAACAGAAAAAACCCAACCCCCGCAUAAUGGUUGAUCGCGGAGGUGAUGGAGCCGAAGCUUUCGACGAUGCCGUAGAGGAACGUGUCAUCAAUGAGGAGUACAAGAUAUGGAAGAAAAAUACUCCCUUUUUAUACGAUCUUGUAAUGACCCAUGCUUUGGAAUGGCCAUCAUUAACUGCUCAAUGGUUGCCUGAUGUAACAAAACCGGAAGGCAAAGAUUACUCCGUGCAUCGACUAAUUUUGGGCACACACACCUCUGACGAGCAGAACCACCUGCUGAUUGCUAGCGUGCAGCUGCCAAACGAAGAUGCUCAAUUCGAUGCAAGUCAUUAUGACAACGAGAAGGGCGAGUUUGGUGGUUUUGGAUCAGUUUCCGGUAAAAUAGAAAUAGAGAUCAAAAUCAACCACGAGGGAGAAGUGAACAGAGCCAGGUACAUGCCACAGAAUCCCUGCGUGAUUGCUACCAAGACGCCAUCGUGUGAUGUGCUUGUGUUUGAUUACACCAAACAUCCAAGCAAACCGGAACCAAGUGGAGAAUGUCAUCCAGAUUUGCGUCUUCGAGGACACCAAAAAGAAGGUUACGGUUUAUCAUGGAAUCCUAAUUUGAAUGGUUAUCUGUUGUCUGCAAGCGAUGAUCAUACCAUCUGCUUGUGGGAUAUCAAUGCCACUCCAAAGGAACAUCGAGUUAUCGAUGCCAAAAACAUUUUCACUGGUCACACUGCCGUUGUCGAGGAUGUCGCAUGGCAUUUGCUGCAUGAAUCCCUGUUUGGUUCUGUAGCAGACGACCACAAACUUAUGAUCUGGGAUACCCGUUGUAACAACACUUCGAAACCAUCGCACACGGUCGAUGCUCACACAGCCGAGGUCAACUGUCUUAGCUUUAAUCCUUACUCGGAGUUUAUCCUAGCUACUGGUUCUGCAGAUAAAACCGUAGCCUUAUGGGAUCUUCGCAAUCUGAAAUUAAAAUUGCAUUCAUUCGAGUCACACAAAGACGAGAUCUUCCAGGUCCAGUGGUCCCCACAUAAUGAAACUAUUUUGGCAUCAUCGGGUACCGAUCGUCGGCUUCACGUGUGGGAAAUGUUUAAGAUCGGUGAGGAACAGAGCGCUGAAGAUUCGGAAGAUGGCCCACCGGAGCUGUUGUUCAUUCACGGUGGUCACACGGCGAAAAUUUCCGAUUUCUCAUGGAACCCGAAUGAACCGUGGGUCGUCUGUUCAGUUUCAGAAGACAACAUUAUGCAGGUCUGGCAAAUGGCCGAGAACAUCUACAACGACGAAGAACCGGACGUACCAGCCAGUGAGAUCGAAGCUGGUGCAUCGUAGGUUAAAAUUAGGGUACUUGUUUUUAAAUAAUUUUCUUUUUACAACCACAAUCAACCCUCAGAUUCAAAACCCUAAACUAAAAGAUACAUUAUCAGAUUGUAAAUGUUCGUUCAAAGACACUUCAUCUGUAGUUCUGCUGGUUUACAGAAGCUAGAAUAAAAGUUCUUUUUGCUACAACAGUGUA